UUUAAGCAAGCCGAAAAGCGUUACGCAGAAAUAACUUGAAUUACGCGCAACAUAACGCAAUACCUACAUUUCACCGCUUGACCCAGAUAAGGCAGCUCGGGCGUCGAAGUUGGGCAUUGCAUUUUAGGUAGCAUACAAUGCAGUUUGUGCAGAAACGCCGGAGCAGUGAGCACAACAUGGGAAAGAAGCAGAAUACCAAACCUAAGAAGGAUUCACAGGAUGCACAGGACGAACCUGAAGAGUUUGUUGUGGAAAAAGUGCUGGACCAACGUCUUGUAAAUGGGAAAGUAGAGUUCUUCUUGAAGUGGAAAGGAUUUACAGAUGCUGACAAUACUUGGGAGCCAGAGGAGAACCUGGAUUGCCCGGAGUUGAUCUCAGCGUUUCUGGAAGCACAGAAGGAAGUAAAGGAGAAACCGGCUCCUGUGAAGAGGAAGGCGUCAACAGACGAGCCUGAAACCGCAGCCAAAAAGAAAGAUGUGGCUGAGAAACCACGAGGAUUUGCAAGGAACCUCGAACCAGAAAGGAUAAUCGGUGCAACAGACAGCAGCGGGGAAUUGAUGUUCUUGAUGAAAUGGAAAGAUUCAGAUGAAGCAGACUUGGUUCCGGCCCGCGAGGCCAACACGCGCUGCCCACAGGUGGUCAUUACCUUCUACGAGGAAAGACUGACAUGGCACUCCUGUCCAGAGGAUGAAGCUCAGUAGUCCUUCCCUCUGGUCUCUGUAGUCCCUUGCACUACCUGCGCCCUUUUCCUCAGGACUGAAUUUUCUCCUCUGGCUUGCCUUAGUUUUAGCUGUUAGUUAUUUUUACAAGAUGUUCCAACACUCUUUGUGUGACAGUCAAGGAGAGCUAUGUCGUUCAUAAUAAGCUGAAUUGAUUGUGUGAGAGCUGAUAAAGGUGUUGUUAUGUAUAAUAAAUUUGAGUCUUCCAUUA